AAUCAAUUUUUUUCUCAAAAAUUGAAAAAAGGUCUUAAUCUGGCAGUCAAAAUUUAACAGUACAAAUCCCAAAAUAAAAAUGCUAGCAGCUCGGCGUCUUCCUCGCAUUUUAAAUCUGUUUUCUAAAAACAGUUUGAAACGACCCAUACUGGAAUGUCUAAGACAUGCUUCGGACUCAAAAAAAUGCGCUAAAGUAGAAACGGUCUGUGAAGUUGAAUGUGCUAAGAAAAAGUCACGAAAGAAAUCCAAGAAGAGUAAAAAAGAAGAAGAAAAAACUGAGUCAGUGUGGCAACAUCCUAAUUUGGAAUGUUGCGUCGAGAAAUGUCCAGAUAUGCUACCUCGCUUUGACGAGCUUUACUUUACAGAAUCAGAUAAAUCGAAACGUAAGUACUUUCAGACGUGGGUUGAAUGCCCUACACCUUUAAAGAAACCUAAGGUUAUUUGUAAUUAUGAAAGAGCAAAACUUCCACCUAUGCAGAAACGGAAAAAGUCAGAUUGCUUAGAUACGGCACGAAAGCAGUCAGAUGGUUGCUCCACUGCUGGACCAGAAAAAUGCCCGAGAAUAAGACUCUGUGGUUGUAGAGGUGCACGCAUUCCACCAGUUUGUAAAACAUGGCCAACGCCAAAAAACUGCAAGAAAAGAUGUGCUCCUUUCCCUAGUUUCUCUGAAUGUAUGAAAGAUCCUUUCUCAAAGCCACGACCUGUGGAAUGUAAUUGCCUGCGAAAAAUAGCCUUAUGUGAGUUAUUAAAAAAUCGUCUUAGGAUGCAAAAUAUUAAGAAGUAAUGCAGAAAUAUUGGAAAUUCAACAACUUUGAAAAAAAAUACAAAAAUAAUUUUUUAAACGAAAUUGUUGAUAGUAGAAAAUCAAACAGCAUUUGAAACCGAGUAAGGGGAAUAAGAAAAACUCUCUGUUGCUAUUUAUUUGAAAGGAAAGAUGCAGCAAAAGCAGUAUUGGCGCCAGUACUAGUUGCUUAAGAUGAUCAUGAAACGUCAUAUAAUGAUCACAGUCACAGAUCACAGUUAUAAUCUUUGAAUUUAGGGAGUAAGCGAAAAUGAUGCUUGUGAAGAAGCCUUGAGUUUACUAUGGCAUCAAUCCAUCCAUCCAUUGUAAUGAAAUUAAGACAAAAUGUAGUUCUAUAAAUAAUUCGGUACAAUUAAAAAUUUAAAAAAGCUGACAACAAAAAUUAUAAA